AAGACAGACAUCCAUUUCAUUUCUCACCCACACACACAUUAAUAGCAGCAAUAAUGGCUAGCCUUGCAAGCACAAUGUUCAGCUCCGCCAUGGUUCCCCGGAAGCCGGCUGUCGGAAGCCUCCGUUCAGCCCCGAAGGCGGCGGCUCUAUUUGGUGUGAAGUCGAACAGCAGGGGAGGUGGGGUUCGGUGUAUGGCGACGUACAAGGUGAAGCUGGUGACUCCAGAUGGAGAGGUGGAGUUCGACUGCGACGAUGACGUGUACAUCGUGGACCAGGCGGAGGAGCAGGGAAUAGAUCUUCCCUACUCGUGCCGCGCGGGGUCCUGCUCCUCCUGCGCGGGAAAGGUCAUCAGCGGCAGCGUCGACCAGUCCGACGGCAGCUUCCUCGAGGACGAACAGAUGGAUGAAGGAUGGGUGCUCACCUGCGUCGCCAAGCCCACCUCCGACGUCGUCAUCCACACUCACAAGGAGGAGGAAAUCGCCUAAUCUCUCCCACACACAUUGCUCGUUUCAUAUUACAUACAUUUUGUUAUAUUUUUCUUUACAUUACACCUGUUUGCAACUCCAAUUGCUUAAUUAUCUCCAUCCCUUCAUCUUCGAAUUUCAGGUUUAACCUAUAUUAAUAUAUAUGCUACUAGUAGCAGUAUUAUUGUUGUUGUGGAUCAUUUUGCACAUGAAUAUAGUUGGAUAGAUGUA